CUCUCUCUCUCUCUCUCUCUCUCUGCUGCUGGUUUCAAACUGGCUUCUGUCCUGUCAGCCGCUAACUGAGUUCAAGUUUACUAAACGGAAGAGCGGUUGCAGCAGGAAGUUGGCACUAAACCUCCUCCUGUUGAGACCCUUUGUCUCUCCUCCUCUUCAGCUCAGAUGGACCGCUGCAGGAGAGACUCAUCGACGCCCCUCAGGAGAGACAGAUACAUCAGCUGGUGUGUGGACCCUGAUGAGACACCAACACUUGCAGCGACAGAUGAACCUUUGCCCGCUAGUCCAGGAUCAGUCCCACAUAUCCUUCUGAGUCCAUCAGAAACCAGAGGAAGAGCACACCCCCCACAGCAGCCCACUCUCACGAAGAGGUCUCACAAGGAGGCCUUCACUCUCUCCAAUCGCUCCCGGUUAGACUCUGAGAGUCUCUCCGACGAUGAAGGACGAAAAGGAGACAAAGACAGACCAGCUCCACAGCAUCAGGAGGACGAGUGCGUCUUCCUCCUCCACAGGAGCAGCGCGGUCAUCAGACGACACAGACCCGUCUCCUGGCAUCAAGGAGGCACCGACAGCUCGGAUUUAUCAAGCCCGGACUCUCCCUCCCCCGUGCCUGGGUUUCUGGCCCUGGAUCAGCGUAAGCACCUGACGGGCAAAAGCAUGGAGGAUGUUGCGAGGCGCACAGGAAGCAGGCUCUCUACUUCAGAAGACAUCCGCAGGGAGAAGCGGAGGAGCGGUAUCCCAGAAUUCUCUGCAGACAUCUUUAAGACCGCAUGUGAGCUGGAGCAGGAAAACGCUCACUUCAUCGUGGUGGACAUGGUGCUGGAGAUCCUGGAAGGAGUGAAGUGGACUCUACUGAAGGACACACACAAACACACACACUGUCAGAGCUGCACACAGCAGGACACAAGCUCUGCAGAGGAGGAACCGUCACAGAGACGUAACCACAGGAGUAACGCACCGGAGCAUCACGAGGAGAGACACUCUGAUGACGACGUGCAGACAUCGUUUACACACACACACUCUUCGUGCACACGUGAAGACAAAGAGGAAGCAGGGAAAGAUGAAGAUGAUCAUCAGCCGAAGAUUUUCUCUGUCCUCUCCAGUGACAGCGGGUUUGAAGACUGUGGAGUGGACCUGACACAGACACCACGAGAGUCACUCAGAAAUGCAGAGGUCCUGGCCCAGAAGCUGGUCCAGGAGUUCAGGAGGAGCUGGCUUCCUUCAGACGGACCUCGACGUGGACGGCUGAGUCUGCGAAGCUCCCUGCAGCAGUUACCUGGAACAACAGCUGUGUCAGUGAGCAGCAGCGGCCUGAAGGAGGAGAUCAGACUGAGGACCAGGAUGAGAGGAUCACUGAGCUGGGCUCCACCUGAAGUCCAGAUCAUCUUCGACGUCCAGCCAAACCAAAGACGCGGUGAUGUCAUCGCUCAGCAGAACUUCCUGUGUGCAGGUUGUGGGACAGAAUUCGAGCACAAGCACGUCAAAAAACUGCGUUACUGUGAAUAUCUGGGCCGGUAUUUCUGUGCCUGCUGCCACAGCGGCUCUGAAGCUGUGAUUCCUGCACGAGUUCUCACCUGCUGGGACUUUAACAGGUUCCCUGUGAGUGAUUUCUCCAAACAGCUGCUGGACUCGAUCUGGUUCCAGCCUGUGUUCGACCUGACGUGUGUCGGUACGACGCUCUACAGCCGGGUGAAGGAGCUCCACAGGUUCAGGGAGCUCCAGGAUCAGCUGCAGGGCAUCAAGAAGCUGCUGAAGGCCUGCAGAUUUUCUGGACAGGUGAUGGCAGAGUUUGAGGUGCUUCCUGCUCACCUGACGGAGCAGCCUCACCUGUUCUCCCUGGACGACCUCCUGAGGGUGAAGAAGGGUCAGCUGGUCGCUCAUGCCCGAGUGAUGCUGAGCUCGUCCAUCAGUCACGUAGAAAACUGUGUGCUGUGUCUGGCCCGAGGUUUCAUCUGUGAGUUCUGCAGAGAGAAAGACGUCAUCUUUCCUUUCCAGACGGACAUUUGUAAGCGCUGUCCAGUGUGCAGGACGUGCUUCCACAAACACUGUUAUGUGGAGAAGGAGUGUCUGAAAUGCGCUCGGAUCAAAUCACGGAAGAAACGUCCGACAAAGACUGACGGCUGAGCGCGAACAUCAUCUCUACAACGUAUUUAAAUAAAACUGAUACGAGUUUGAGUUCCUCUCAGAUAUUUGAUGUUUCCUGUGGAAAUAAAACUGUUAAUAAAAGAAACUUUAUUAAAAGACA